UGCAACUACUACUACGUUGGAGGCGCCGCACGUGACGGAGCACCUGCCGCACUGGAUCGACCUGGUGUUCGGGUACAAGCAGACGGGCCAGCACGCCAUCGACGCCAUCAACGUGUUCCCCGCCUGCACGUACUACGGGUUCGAGCCGUCAGCGCUAGAGGACGAGGUGGACCGCACCGCGGCGGAGGCCAUGGUGCGUACGUACGGACAGGCGCCGCGGCAGCUGCUACGUACUCCGCACCCGCACAGGGCGCCCUCGCUCGCGGCGCACCUCACGCCGCAGCACGUGGGCGUGUACGCCGGCGUGACGGGCGUGCGCUGGGGCGAGUACUGCGGGUCGCCGCAGCUGGCGGGCGCGCGCGUGGUGCUGCGCCGCACGUACGCCAGUGCGGCCGCGCUGCUGCCGCUGCCGCCGCCGCACGCCCGCACCGUCGCCGUGUGUGCGGCCAACACGGCCACGCUCGCGCUGCACGAUGAGUCGCCAACAUCAGCAAAGAACGGAAGCAAUAGCUGGGAAGAGAAGACGGGUAUCCUGUCGUGGGGUCACGGCGACGGCGCGGUCCGUCUGCGCACGCGCCGUGAUCAGCCGCCCGACGUCGUAUUCCACACGCCGCCGCUCGAGCAGAUCACGUGCGUGAGCACCUGGCGCGACAGCCGCUGGGGCGGCGCCUUGGGGCUGUCUGGUGGCGGCGUGUGCGUGCUGCGCGCCGCGGCCGGCGACGGCGCCGCGCGCGUGCGGGUGAGCGUGCGGCGGCUGCACGGCCACGCGGCGCCGCUCACGGACGUGGUCGCCGCGCCCGCCGUCACUCUGCUCGCGACCGCCAGCGACGACGGACUCAUCGUGCUGUGGGACCUGCACGACCUGACGUUCAUCCGCACGUUGCCUAACCGCGACAUGUCGCGCGUGCGCCUGCUGGCCGUGAGCCCCACGCUCGCCGACGUGGCCAGCGUGCACGAGCCCAGCCCACAGACGACCAACGACGCGCACGUGCUCGACUACGAGACCGACGACACAUACAAGUACCAGUCGCUGAUCCGAGUGCACACCGUCAAUGGCAGAUUUGUGGGCAGUGUGCGCGAGCGCGAGGCGGUGACGUGCGUGCGGUACUCGGGCGGCAGCGAGGGUGCGCACGUCAACUGCCUGGCGGCCGGGCUCCGCUCGGGGGCGGUGCGGCUGUACUCCUCGUGGGAGCUGCGCCCCCUGGCCGCGCUGCCGCCGCCCCACGCCGGCAGCCCCGCACCGCCGCUGCUCAGGCUGGCGUACAGCUGGGGGAACGAGCUGCUGUUCGCGAGCUACGGGGACGGCACCGUGGCCGCCUGGGAGAGCGCCGAGCCGGGCUCCAAGCCCGCGCCCCUGCGGAUCAUUCCCGCACUCGCCCUGCUGUGACCCGCUCGGCCCGCUCAUCGUGGUCAUUCAUGACAUACAAACUACAUAUCCAGCUACUUGUUUCAUUCGGAAGAAUAAAAAAAUAUUUUUUCAGCUACUUAAUCGAAAUUAAAGGCCUGUUACAUAGUAGACUAGUAACGAAGCGAAUGAUUAAUUAAUGAAUAUUCGUUUAUAUGAAUAUUCAUUUGACGAAUUUGUGCAUACGAGUAGUAGGAAGAUCACUUUGUCAUUCUUCAGUUCCGUCUCACAUGUAAAUAUAAAAAAAAUGUUUUUUAUAAUACCAGACAUUAAAAGCUUCAUUAGGUAACUAAGUUUUUAAUGCAAAUGUUAUUUAAGUUAUUUAUGCAACUGUUGUAUAAUAAGGGGUAUUAAAACACGAAUGUGGGUUUAUUACAUAUACACGAGGCGAAUCCGAGUGUGAUAAUAGUAUCACAUAAGUGUUUUAGUACGAAUUAUCAACAGUUUCAAACAAGACUUAAUCUACACCCAUAAUAUGAAUCCUCUAUAAAAGAUUCUGGAACAGUAUAACUAUUACAUCAUCCAAAGGAGUGUUGUAAUGUUGUACUGAAUUUCAUUACAACACUCGUUUGGAUGAUGUAAUGGUUAUUAAGACAUUGGGUGUUUUAAUAUUGGCAAUAAGCUAACUGUUUUAGAAUAUAUAAUAGAGGAUUUAAAGCAUGGGUGUAGAUAAAAUAUUUUACAUUGCUGUAACUUUGUAUAACUUUUGUUCAACAAAUAUUUAAAAAAUAAAUCUUUAUAAUUGAUAUAAUAUUUGCCUUUAUUGCAUAAAUAAACAGCAAUAAUAUUUAUUAAUUACAUUAUAUUAUUUAUAGCAGCUGAAAACUAGAGAAAAUAAUAAAACCUACAUUUUAUGUGAACAAAUAGAUUCACAGCUGGAAAUCCCGGUGACUCAUAAACUUCCGAAAAUAGUGAUGGGGUAAAUGUUGUAUCUUAGCGUCUCUAAUGGAUCCAGAUGAGGAGCUAAAAUAAAAUAAUAACAAAACUGGUCAGCUGCCAGAAAGCUAUGGAAAUAAUCUUAUUAAAUUAAAAUAAAUAGAAAUAAAGCCUUAUUUUAACCUGGCGAUGGAAUGACCAUGUCUUCUAAAUAUAAGUAGAUAAACCUAUGCGCAGCUUUACUCUCAUAUUGUGAAACAGGACGUAAAUGUUGUUAAUGCUCGGAUAACAGGACGAUUAAAGAGAUUGUAUAAUAAAUAGGUGCUGUCGUAACUUUAACAAAAAAGUUGAUUGAAAAUUAUUAUUCUCAUUGAAUUUAAGUUUAAAGUAAGGAAUGGUGCCAAUUGAUUAGUAUUCUACGUAAUUUAGUAUUAUUACGUAAAAAUAAACAAAACUUGAGACAAAAGUUAAACGGUAUUAACAUUUUAUUAAUACAUAAAUAUUAGGCAGGCUAUUAAGUCAAUCCCUUGUCCAGUUAUUUUUUAAUCUGUGAAACUGGUCACAGGAUGAUGCAACCUACAUAAUAUUAGAACCAAAAGUUGGAACAUGAGAGCUAGAAAUGACUACUUAAAUUAUCAACUAGAGAGCCCAGGGAGGCUGUGAUACAAUCUUAUGCAUUCGCAAGUGAUUCGUCACAUGCUUGAGCUCUCCUAGCCAGGAUAAGUCAAUAUCUUGAGAUAAAUUAACUAAUUUAAUACAAACUUAAGACUGUUUGCCUUAUAUAUUAAAAGCAAUAAUAUUAGCACGUCUUCCUGAAUAAUAUUAUAAUCCAACUAUUUUAAUGAAAAUUAGCUUAGGAAUAAUAUAUUUAUAAAUGUGAAUUGUAAAUAUUAUUAUAAUUAUCAGAGGCAUUAUAGUUUUAGAUAUUUUAAACUGUCUAUUAAUUGUUGAUGUUUCGAGAAAUAUUAUACAUGUUAAAGUAAUAAUAUGUUUGAAGAAUAUCUGGUAGGUAUUUAUCCUUGUCGAAAUUUUGACAAUAAUAAUAUAAUGCAAACUACUGUUAUUUUGUUACAUACUUUAUUUGAUACUUGGAGAAAUAAAUUUUACAAUUAAUUAUA